AUUCAUUGCCAUAGCAUUUUCUGUUCUAAAGCUAUUGUCAUUUAGACGUAAUCUUUUGUACCCUAUUUCCUACUAUAAUUCCCCAGUUUUGGACAUGAUUGUAUUUUUCUAAUUAUUGUACGUUGUGGUCCGCUUAGUCAUCUAUUUAUUCAUGUAACUUUUCACCCUAAUCUGAAUUGGGAAUUCGAGUGCUAGAUCGGGUUGGAAUAAAGUGAUUAGUGUUCCAUCUGUCUUGUCUUCUCUCUCUCUCGUGCUUGCCAGCCAAUCAGGGACAGAAUAGUUUUCGUCUCUCUACCCCUAUUUCGAACUCACGCAUAUUCGCCUCAAGGUUAAGCCAGUCAGUCUAUCGUGUCAAGGUCUUAAUCUACAUUAUACUCCGCACUAAGUGGGUAGACAGAUUCAAGGACGUAACAAAAGUGGCGACGGAGAUUUUUUUUUUUUAAUAUUGAUUGAUCCAAAUCAAAAUGUCUGUUUCUUUGGACGACCUUAAAACUAUUCUACAAAUCCAGCAAGCUCAGAAUGAUGCAAACCAAAUGAAGCUUUUAGAUGCAUUGAUGCAGAAGCUCUCAUUUCAUUCAUCAUCAAAUUCUCAGUCAGAUAAAUAUGACAGCAUCGCAAAUUCUAUUUGUGAAUUCAAUUAUGAUCCCGAUUCUGGUAUUAUUUUCGAUUCCUGGUUUCGCCGUUUUGAAGACACAUUUCGUGUUGAAUGCUCGAAUCUUGAUGAUGCAGCCAAAGUUCGCCUACUCUUGAGAAGACUUGGAACACUUGAAUAUAACAAAUAUGUAAAUUUCAUUUUGCCACAAAAUCCACGAGAUUUAUCAUUUAAUGAGACAGUUCAAAUUUUAUCUAAAAUUUUUGGUGAACAAUCCUCAUUAUUCAGCAUCCGUUAUCAGUGUUUUCAAAUAUCUAAAUCCUUAUCUGAUGAUUAUCUUACAUACGCUGGACAUGUAAAUAAAGAAUGCGAACGUUUUAGAAUAAAUGAAAUUACAGCAGAUCAAUUUAAAUGUCUGAUUUUUAUCUGUGGAUUAAAGAAUCCGGAAGAUAUGGACAUACGUACCAGAAUUCUAUCACGCAUUGAGCAGGAGCCUAACAUGACCCUGCAAAUGGUCACAACCGAGUGUCAACGGUUGUUAAAUCUUAAACAUGAUACCACGAUGGUACAGCAAAAUGCAAAGACUUCCAAUUUUGCUUCAAUAAAUGCAUGCAGAUCUUCCAAACCUUCCAAACAAAAGACGGCGAACACACAGAAACCUUCUGGUAAACCACCAUCAUCAUGUUGGUUCUGCGGAUCAUGGCAUUUUGUGAAGUUAUGCCCAUUUAAGAGCCACAAAUGCCGCCAAUGUCAUCGCAUUGGUCAUAAAGAAGGUUACUGCUCAUCAGAUAGACGUCAGUCCAAACAUCGUGGCGUAAAGGUGAAGCGACAGCUACAGAGUCAAGUCAAAAGCACAUUUGCAACUUUUAAAGUGGGAUUUCAAAGUAAACGGAAGUAUGUGAACUUAUUAGUGAAUGAAAAACCUAUUCGUCUUCAAUUAGACACUGCUUCCGACAUUACGCUGAUCUCCAAGAACACAUGGCGUAAGCUAGGGUGCCCACGCAUCCGACCAACAGAGCAUGUUGCUCGAAAUGCUUCAGGCGACAUAGUGAAGCUAACUGGAGAAGUCACCUGCAACGUGCAGUUCAAGGAACAUAAAUUCACUGACGUUUGUUAUCUAACAAAUCGGCAUGAUUUAGAUCUAUUGGGAUUGGACUGGAUUGAGAAGAUUGAUGUCUUAAAUAGUUUAUUAAAUGAAGUAUGUUCUCAUGAUUCUUGCUCUGAUUCUAUCCAAAAUUCUCAUGAUAUUUCUAAAUCAAAUGCCUCUGGUGUGUCAUGUUCCCCUAAUGUCUAUGAAGUAAAUGCUUCUGAUGUAAAAUGUUCUCGUAUUAUUUCUGAAUCGAAUUCCUCCGAUUUAAUGUGUUCUCAUCGUGAUGUCAAAUCAAAUACCUCCGAUUUAAUGUGUUCUCAUGAUACUAAAUCGAUUACAUCCGAUUUAAUGUGUUCUCACAAUGAUGUUAAAUCCAAUAACUCCGAUGGAUCAUGUUCACAAAAUGAUUCUCCAUCAAAUUCGUCGAACAAAGUAUGCUAUCAUAAGGUCUUAAAAUCUCAUGCAUUUAAUUCCUCUAAAAUGCCGGCUGCAUCUCACGCAAAUAAUCUACGAAAGCGAAAUACAAAGCCCAUUUUCAGACUCAAACGACCAGUAAAUUAUGCUGCUCUGUCAGUCGUUGAUCAAGAACUUGAAAGGUUUGAAGCACUAGGUGUUGUUCAGCCAGUAAAUCACUCAAACUGGGCUCCUCCCAUAAUAGUUGUGAGAAAGAUCGGAACUCAAUGGAAUCGCCAUCAUGGGGCAAAGCGGAAAAUCUAUCGUCGUUCCCGAUUCUCACCUUCACAGAAAGCCCAGAAACCGUGCUCAAUGUGGAAAUUUUCCUUGGACAGUUUCGGCAUAGAAAAUUCUGCAACUAAGAAGACUGUUCAACCUCAACAACAUCCUAUUGGGAGAUCACGACAGAAACGCAAAGGACUUGAUAUUAUGCAGAUGGACCCAAAGAAAGGAGCAUACUUUUCCGGGGGGAGAUACCGAUGAUAUAUUAGCUACUGUUUGUAAUUAGUGACUAACCGCUUUUCUUUUUUUUUCCUUCCAGUUAACCAAAUUGGUCCUUUUUCUUUUACAAUGACCACAACGCCGUCCAGUUUCCCUUAUGCACGCAGUCAAUGGCAGUGUUAACAAAACUUUUUUUUCGUCAAGGGGGAAGAUGAUGUGAACCGCAAAACAAGAAGCCUUAACAAAUUACGGAAGCUAUUUUUGGGGACGUUAAUUCGUUUAAUUCAAAGCUUGUAAAAUUGUAACAUUUACUUUUGUCCCUAGCCUAUUCUACAGAUCAUAAGCUUUCGUUUGAUGUAUAAUUCAUUGCCAUAGCAUUUUCUGUUCUAAAGCUAUUGUCAUUUAGACGUAAUCUUUUGUACCCUAUUUCCUACUAUAAUUCCCCAGUUUUGGACAUGAUUGUAUUUUUCUAAUUAUUGUACGUUGUGGUCCGCUUAGUCAUCUAUUUAUUCAUGUAACUUUUCACCCUAAUCUGAAUUGGGAAUUCGAGUGCUAGAUCGGGUUGGAAUAAGGUGAUUAGUGUUCCAUCUGUCUUGUCUUCUCUCUCUCUCGUGCUUGCCAGCCAAUCAGGGACAGAAUAGUUUUCGUCUCUCUACCCCUAUUUCGAACUCACGCAUAUUCGCCUCAAGGUUAAGCCAGUCAGUCUAUCGUGUCAAGGUCUUAAUCUACAUUAUACUCCGCACUAAGUGGGUAGACAGAUUCAAGGACGUAACA